UUCUCGCACUAGCAUUAUACAAAAAUAGAAGCGCGGUUUACUCCCCGGCGGACUCGUGUAGUUCUCAGUGUUUAGAACACUGAACACACUUGGAUGUACGUAGAUCUACCAGGCUGCAAGGCAAAGCACAGAGUGCUCCUCCUAUUUAAGUGAGCUUAAUUAACUGAGCUCAUCAAGUCAGCAGCAGGCAGCAGCCAGCAGCAGCUAAUCAGCCUUGAGAAGCAGAAAGCUUAGCUCGAGUGCUAGGCUGCUAGCUAACUAACUACGACACGACGAGCGGCGGCCGGCCUGCGGGGGAAGCAGGAUCGAUGAAGCCUCCGUCUUCUCCUGGAUGCACCUCGCUCUUCCUCCUCCCUUGCAUCCUCCUGGCUGCAGUCAUGUACCUGGUCCUCUUCCCCGACAACUUCAGGCUCCCGGCCGGGAUGUUCGGGUCCUCUACGUCGUCGUCAUGCAACUACAACAACGGCGCGUCGGCGGUCGGCCGUCUCGCCGCCGGAGGCUCUCCUCCUACGGAUGAGGCGGUGGACCUGCGGCUGCUGAUGGGCAUCGUGACCACCCCAAGCACGUACGAGCGGCGCGCGCUCCUGCGGCUGGCCUACUCCCUGCAGCCGCGGCCCGUGCGCGCGGUGGUGGACGUGCGCUUCGUCAUGUGCCGCAUCGAGCGGGAGGAGGACCGCAUCCUGGUGGCGCUGGAGAUCAUCGCGCACGGCGACGUGGUGGUGCUCAACUGCACGGAGAACAUGAACGACGGCAAGACGUACGCCUACUUCUCGGCCGUGCCGGGGCUGUUCGCCGGCGACGGGGAGCGGUACGACUACGUGGGCAAGACCGACGACGACACCUACUACCGGGUGGCGGCGCUGGCGGAGUCGCUGCGCGGGAAGGCGCGGCGGGACGCGUACCAGGGCUACCUGACGCCCUGCCACUGGCUGCCCGAGAAGCAGUACAUGUCCGGGAUGGGGUACGUUGUGUCGUGGGACGUGGCGGAGUGGAUCGCCGCCACGCCGGAGCUCCGGGACGACCACAACGACUGGGAGGACGUCAACUUCGGAGGGUGGCUGCGCAAGGGCGGGAGGUACAAGAACGUGUACAACGAGGAGCCGAGGAUGUACGACUACUGGGACAGGGAGAUGGCCACCGACGUCAACUGCUUCCGGCAUGAGCACAUCGCCGACACCGUGGCCGUGCACAAGCUCAAGGACCGCCUCAAGUGGGCGCGCACACUCCACUUCUUCAACGCCACGCAGGGGCUCAAGCCGUCUAAGCUCUAUCACGUCGACUUGCAAAACGUCUACCACGUCUAGUCGGUAGUAUAUCUCUACAACUAUUAAGAGUCAUCUGUAGAC